GCUGAGGAGGCGGAAGUGGCAGCAGCGGCGGCGGCGGCAGCAGGAGCUUGUUGCAGUCGGAGAUGAAGCCGAACAAGGCGGUCAAGCUCCGCGCGAGCAAAGGCAAAGUGUGUGAGAGAGAUGCUGUUGCUGUAUCAAAUGAAGAAUACACUGUGGGGCAAGUGGCCAACAGUCUGUUUCAAAAUAAACCCACAGGAUAUGGUGCAGGUUCCUUGGUGCAACUAUUCAGCAUUCCUGGGGCUGAAACCCAGCCAGUGUAUGUUCCUGUGCCAAGAGAAAAUAAAAAACGCAAGCAUACAGAAGAGGAAACUGCCAAAGAUGUUCAGAGCUCAUCUAUUAAAAGAGAGCCUUUAAAAAAAAGAAAUAAAGCUAAUAAAAAGGGUCUCUCUGUAGCAGAGGAAAGAGUGGCAAACAGGGAAUGUGCUUUGGAUCAAGCAGAUGAAGAAGAGGAGAAAAAAGAAAUACAAAUCAAACAAAAGUUGAAAAAUAGACAUUCUCAUUUGGUUGCCAAACAUUUUUCAGAUGAAGGGGCUGGAAUAAAAAAAAAGAAAUCACAGGUCAACCUGGCUGAGGAAAACCUAAAGAAUAAGAGGACUGUUUUUGUGGGGAAUUUACCUGUUAGUUGUACAGCACAGAUGCUGAAGACAUUUUUCAAAGAAUAUGGACAAAUUGAAUCAGUUCGCUUCCGCUCGCUGAUUCCAGCAGAGGAGUCUUUAUCCAAAAAAAUGGCAGCUAUAAAGCGAAAGAUGCACCCUAAUAUGAAGUAUGUUAAUGCUUAUGUCGUUUUCAAGGAGGAAAGUGCAGCUAAUAACGCCUUAAAAUGCAAUGGAACAGAAUUUACCAGUGGAUUCCAUGUCAGAGUUGACCUUGCGUCAAAAUCUUCUUCUCAUGAUAACAAGAGAUCUAUAUUUGUGGGAAAUCUCCCUUAUGAAAUUGAUGAUGUUGUUGUAAGAAACCAUUUCUCUGAAUGUGGAAAUGUAGCGGGUGUGCGACUUGUGAGAGAUCGGAACACAGGCACUGGCAAAGGGUUUGGCUAUGUUCUUUUCGAGACCACAGAUGCUGUUCACCUUGCACUCAAACUAAACCACUCCGAACUGAAAGGAAGAAAGCUAAGAGUGCAACGCUGUGUUGAGAGAGAAAAGGCACAACAGAAAAGUUUAGACAAGAAUGUAAAGAGCCCUGUUGGACUGAAAUAUAGAAAACCUUCUUCACUGAAAAAAUCAAAAGUAUACUCCAGUAAUUCUUUUGCUGGUGAAAAAGCACUCCCAGUAAAAAAGAGCAAAAAAGCAAGAGCAAAAAACAGCAUGUGGAAAGCUCCGAGAAAAACCAAAUGAAACUGUUAAACUGCAAAUUUUGAAUUGUAUUUUCAAAUAAAAUUUAUCACAUAGGCAA